GCGUCUGCCUUCUCGCGAAGAGACGCGCACAUGAAGAGGCGACCCGGCGGCGCCACAGCGGGCCAUCACUCCUCCGCCACCGGUCCCCCAAAAAAGACGAGCCUUCACUGGAGAGUUAAGACAUUAAACCGGAUGCCUCUAUGAUCCAGCCAACCGCACGGCGAGAUAUACAGUGUUCAGUUUGCACAAGACGUGAGCCAUGGCUGAACCGAACCCCUCCCGCCCCCAAAGGAAGAUGUCUACCGCUGGGGAGAGCGUGUACAAGGUGCUAGGGCUGGAGAAGGGAGCGACGGCCGAGGACAUCAAGAAGGCCUACAGGAAACUAGCGCUGAAGUACCACCCGGAUAAGAACCCGGAGAACCCAGAGGCGGCGGAGAAGUUCAAGGAGAUUAACAACGCAAACUCCAUUUUAAAUGACGAGACCAAGAGGAAGAUCUACAACGAGUACGGCUCCAUGGGCCUGUACGUGUCCGAGCAGUUCGGAGAGGAGAGCGUCAAAUACUACUUCCUCAUGUCCAAGUGGUGGUUUAAGGGUCUGGUGCUGUGCUGCACCAUGUUCACCUGCUGCUGCUGCUGCUGCUGCUGCUGUUUCUGCUGUGGGAAGUGCAAACCCCCCGACGACGAGGAGAACUACCAGUACGUCGACCCCGAAGACCUGGAGGCCCAGAUCAAGGCGGAGCAGGACGGAGGUUACACAGUAAUCAUAGGCCAGCCCAAAUCUAAUCCAGGCCCGGAAGGCCCGGAAGGCCCGAGUCAGCCCGCCCCCAUUCCACUGCCGAUGCCUCCCCCGGAGGCCCAGUCGCCGAGCCCGGCCGGUCCAGCAGGGGAGGAGAACCCGGGAGAGACCCUACCAGAGUCGAAAUGACUCGAAAGUGACAGUGGGGAUAAGCCUCAACUAGCAGAAGCAGCCUUUCGAGCCCCUCCUAUGAUCCAGCCACAUCCGACUGCUGCCAGAGAGCAACCUGCCGAAAGCCACCAGCCGGGCCCCGGCCCCCACCUCAAUCCUGCCCCCUCAACCCACCGGAUCUACCCUACUGGACCACACCUGUAAGGUGGGGGCCUAAAGGCUCCAGGGCCCCCUCAAUGGAACUCAAAGUUAUGGAGACGUAUUCAUGCAGAUUAAACCACCUACUGGGCUUGAAAAGGCCACACCCCCCCCCCCUCCCCUCCCUCCGCCCCACGCUGCAUCUCCCUCCAGCUUGCUGCAAUAAUGUUAGCCCAGCCUGGGCUACAUGGGAUCCUGCCAACAGUUGGUUAUCCAGGACUAGGCUUAACUACUCCUCACUAAUCUGUUCUAAUCAUAACAAAACCGGAAGGACUGGGCCUCAAGAUGGCUGCAAGCGGUGAGCUGCGGGGCUACGCCGUCAUAGAAGGCUGCAUCCUCACGAUCUGUCUGCUAACAGGACUAGGACUGGAAUUGAAUCUCUCCAGACCUCACCGUACGUCUCCCUCCAUUGUGGAUGGUGACCGUUUCCCACGGGAGCCUGUGUUCUUUCCCUCUUUCACUUAAAGAAAAAGGAUUUUUUUGAAUGCCACCUGUGACUGCUGCACGGCAGUGUGACUGCAGAGGACCUAUUUUGUUGUUGUUGUUGUUGUCGUUCUCGUUCUUCAGUCUCGUCUCAACGAACAGUCUCAUUCCGUUUAAUAUUGCACCGUCUAAUUUACAUUGGGGACCCCCGGUGAAUAUCACACAGACAUGACGAAGCGGAAUCCGAGGAGAUUUGACUCGGCAGAAGCGAUCUUUUGAUGUCUAAGCCAAAGGCGGGAAGUGAAGGCGUGGAGCCCGGGUCGCAGUCGAGGCUUUUCUUAAAGGCAUGCAUUAUUUUUGUCCCUAAUGCAUGCUUCGUCGUCGUCGUCAUCCCUCCUUCCCCUCGCCCCGGCACACACUCAUGUACAGCGCUGGAAUACAGUGGGCCCACCAAACCCUAGAACUGCCUGGUACACACAAACACACACACACACACGAGUCAUCGUCACUGGGCUGCAAAAACAACCCAGCCCAAUGUAUUGACUCCAAUGGACAUGGACAGAUGCCAUACCAUGGAAGAUAAAUGCACAGCUCGUCCUGCGCUCCCGUUGUUCAGUGAAACUAUAAAGCCAACAGCUCCGUGUAGCGUGCCAACGCAUGAUGACUCGAUGGUCUCCGGAAUCGCCAUUUGUUGUUUUUUCUCCUAUAAGUUUGGGUCUAUGCACCUUGCAAAGCGAGUCUGUUCCUUUUUGAUAUAAGUCCAGGGUUUUAUUUGACCUCUUACUUCCAGAACAUCCAAAACCGGCAACUUUUAAGUUACUUGAUAAACUGUCCACUCUGGUCCAGAUUCACUAAGGCUGCAUUGCAAGGGAAAUCAUCUGGUUCCAUUCAUAAUGGAUUAAUAAAGUGACCCUAGAUAAAGAUGACUGAGAUAUCAUUGUUCUGCUCUGAUGUCUGGCUGGCAUGAGUGUCUCAUUUGCUUAUUUAUUGCUCCUCCCUGUGCAGACCUUUAGUGAAUCUGGAUCCGUGUUUAAGCUGCACAGAACCGCACCAUGACGAUUUUUUGUCUACUUAAAUGUUCUUACAAUUUGUGGUUUUUGGUUAUUUGUUAGACGGGAGCAUAAAUCACAGGUAGUUUUUAAUCGUGGUUUUCUUCUGCAUGGUCAACGUUAGUGCUGCAGCUAGACAUGGGACCGUUUUAAUCAAUGAAAUGUGGUAUAAAAAAACUUAAAACUGGCACUAAAUCAGACUGGAAUCACUUUACCUUGCACAAAGUCAGGAAGCAAAUAUUUUUCACUCAUCUGACCCAUUGAUUUUUGUUAUUUAGCGAACUCCAUUUUUAGUUAACAAAACAUUUUUCAAUCUUAAAUGAGGUUAACCUAAACUACCCCUGCAUGGAUAACAAAUGAACAAAGGUUAAAAUAAGAGCAACAUUGUGGCUCUGUUCUUUCUUCUCUAAUAAUUCUUUAAUUUAAUUUAAAUCAGGCUUUUCCAAAGACACUCUUGAGGGUUUUCAUGAUUGUCCUCAUAAUGGAAAUUCUCCACCAUCAACUUUUGUUUGUAUUUUCAAUUUCAUUUCAAUCCAAUACUCUAUUAAAACCUAACAUCCCAUCCCUAGCUGCAGCAAACAACAUUUCUUCCAUAAUCGAUAGCUAACUGGCCACAAGGUGAUUUUACUUUAAGGGACUGAAAUGAUUCAUCAACAAAUUUUUCCCUUCAUCAAAUAAUUGACUAAUCGUUUCAGCUCAAGGUCUUCAAUCAAGAUUUUGCAACAGGUGAUCAAGAUGGAAGUUAUUGUUACUGGUCUGUACACGAGGCUUUUGACCUGUGUCGGGAGUCUUAUUAACCACAAACCUGUGUUUUUAUUGAGUCUAAUUCAGCUGUGUUCCAUGUACAGUCGACCUUGAUGCACUUCGCCAUGUCUAGCAAGUUAAUAUCAUGGGAAUGGUAUUGAUUAACGUUCACUCUACUUGAGAUACACACACACACACAGUUUCAUAUUGGAUUAAUUGCCACACAGGUGCUUUGAUUAAUUGAACAUGGGGAAUAUUAAUGUGGUGACAUCAUCUUGGGGGGGGGGGUGAUUCUUCAUCAAAGACUUGUUGUCAGCAACUUUUAUUCAUUUGUUUUAUUGUCUGGAACUCACCAUGAAACUGAACUGACCCGACGGAGACAGAAACCUUUUCAUGUCUACGUAUCUAAAAUAAAAAAAAUACAUGAGAAAAAUGUUCCUAUCCAAGGGUGUUUGAACCGGAGUUUCUGUCUCGACUGAUCACAUUCAAAACCUUUAAGAAUGUUUACUCUGGUCAAUGCGUUGAUGUGUUGUUGAGAAUUAUUGUCUCGUGCAAAAUACUGUUGCUUGUAGGUACAUUUUUAAAAAACAUUUUUUUUCUAUUUCUAAACUAAAUGUUCUCGCUGUCCGCUAGCAGAUUAUUCCUUUUGGUUUUCCUCCCACAAUAAAUAAAGGCCAUAGUGCGUCUGUGUCAAACUCCGCUGCUAAUACUCCUCAAUAUGAAUAUUGCCCGGCGAGCUGCAAUAGAAUAACGUAGACCUCCAUGUGGAACCAGCAACCAGGAACGUCUUCUUUUUGGUGAAUUACAAAAUGUUUCUAAGCCAGCUUGGACUAAUACUUUACCUCCAUGUCUCUAUCGACGUGUAUCUCCUUAACCACCGAUACUUCUUCACCUCUCAAAUCAAAAGCGUUAAAGCAACGAGGCCACAGUGCGCUGAAAGAAGACAUUAUUUAUUAUUUUUGCAAUUGUUGUAAGAUAAAAGUAAAUGACAAGAUUCAUUAUUGUGAAUUGAGACGUUUAAUGAAUUAAUGUCUGUUUUGUAAGUUAUACUUUUUUUUUUUUUAAUUCGUCACAUAGCAUAAUAUAAAUGUAAUAUACUAAUGCGGGGCUGGGGUCAAAUAGUGUUUUAUGUUGCCUGUUGAUGAGUGAAGUCUCUCAGUACUGGUCCAGUGCUUCGUGCUAACCUGAUAGCAUACGCUUUGUGUUUGAUAACAUGAACUCAAUGCACGUGAAUGCUAACAACCGUUAGCAUGGAGCUAACGUUCUGUACAUGACGUUCGGACUUGUGUUGUCCUUAAUCGACUGACUGAAGUAGGACAAUCCACUAAAUUGCUGUAUUCCUAGGAGUGACAACAUAUUUAAACGACAAUUACAACAUUUUAUCAAUGGUGUUUUUUUUUUUUGAGGGGGGUGUACUAACUUGUGGUUCCAUUUGGACGAUGUGUAAAAGGAUUUAACAUUAAAUUCAAACGAAUAAAAAGUGUUUUUAUAAUCA